AUGGCUUUCCAGUCUGAGGAGGACCUCUCCUGUACUGUCUGCUUGGAUAUUUUUAAAGAUCCUGUUGUCCUCUCCUGUAGCCACAGCUUCUGUAAAAGCUGUCUGCAGACAUGGUGGUGUGAUAAAACAGUACAUGAGUGCCCUCUUUGUAAAAGGAAAUCAUCGAGGAGUGACCCACCUCGAAACCUGGCAUUAGCAAAGGCGUGUAAGGCAUUUCAAAUGGAGAGAGAUCAGAGGGUUUCUGUGGAGUCAGAGGCUCUCUGUUGCCUGCACUCAGAAAAAUUCAAACUCUUUUGUCUGGACCAUCAGCUGCUGGUGUGUCUUAUCUGCAGAGACUCAAAAAUGCAUACCAACCACAGGUUUAGACCCAUCCAAGAAUUUGCACAGGAACAAAAAAAUGGGCUCCAGAAAUCCUUGAAGCCUUUACAUGAGAAACUGAAAGUAUUUGAACAAAUUAAAGAAAAGUGUGAUAAAACAGCAGAACACAUUAAGGUCCAGGCUCGCCACACAGAGAGACAGAUUAAAGAGCAUUUUAAGAGGAUGCACCAGUUUCUACAAGAGGAAGAGGAGGCCAGGAUCACUGCACUGAGGGAGGAAGAGGAGCAGAAGUUUAAGACAAUACAGGAGAAGAUUGAAAGUCUGAUCAGAGAGAUAGCAGCUCUUUCAGAAACGAUUAGAGCCACGGAGGAGGAGCUGAAAGCCGAAGACGUCUCAUUCCUGCAGAACUACAACGAUGCAGUGAAGUUAGUCCAACAGCAGCCCCUACUGGAUGAUCCAGAGCUGGCCACAGGAGCUCUGAUAGAUGUGGCUAAACACCUGGGCAACCUGACCUUCAACAUCUGGAACAAAAUGAAGAAAAUGGUCUCCUACUUUCCUGUGAUUCUGGAUCCAAACACUGCCAACCCAGAAUUUAUCCUCUCUGAAGAUUUGACAAGUGUAAGUCACGGAGAGCGACAGAAGCUUCCCGAAAACCCAGAGAGGACUGAUUAUCAUCGUUCUGUCCACGGCUGGGAGGGCUUUAACUCAGGGACCCACAGCUGGGAUGUUGAAGUGGGAGACAACACAGCCUGGUUUGUUGGAGUGGCAGCCGAAUCCAUUCAGAAAAGGGAGCGGGUAAAAUCAGGAUUCUGGCAAAUCGAGUUCUACAAUGGUAAAUACAGCACACGCAUACUGGGAGCCCCACCGUCUGCUCUCCGAGUAAAAAAGAAGCUGCAGAGGAUCAGAGUUCAUCUGGACUGGAACAGAGGAAAGCUGUCAUUCUUUGAUCCUGAUACUGGCUCACACUUACAGAGUUUCACACACUCUUGCACUGACAAGCUGUUUCCAUGCAUAGGUACUUUAAACGACAUGCCACUGAAGAUAUUGCCAGACAAAAUUUCUGUAACAAGGGGAUUAUCUCAGUUAAAGUUUGUUGUGUUUGAUAAGCAGAUGCAUUGUCCUUCUGUGCGUGGACAGACACCAAGGUAAUGUGUCAAAGUAUCACACACAUGACCCAGAACCUAAGGUUUCUCAGCAGAAAACUGCAACGAAAUGAGAAGAUUAAUGGUUUUCUCA